AUGAUUCCUGCAGAAAAACGAAAGAUAAUAAACAAGUUGAAACCAGUGAUCAAGAAGGAAAAGAACUUCAAAAAGGAGAAGAAGGAGAAAGUAGAGAAAAAGAAAAAACCAGAGCAACCAGAAGAUUCGCUGGCAAAACGCGUAGAACGUCUGAUUACACUGCAUAAAAACACACUGGAGGGAGAUGCAUUGAAGGACAAGGUGGUCGCGCUCAUUUGUGGUCGCGACCCGUUAGAAGACGAAGGCAAGAUACGAGAGACGUUUGACAAGGUUAUUACGAUGUGUUAUUUGUGUUUAUUCGAUACAUUCCCGCGGUAUACUUUUUUCAUAUCUGCUUACAUUCCCAUAUAUAUGAUGUGGUCAUUAACAGCAAUGGAACCGAUAGAUGGGGGAAUCCUUUCUCUUCUUCCUCCGCUUGUUGCCCUCAUUCUGGCUUUUAUUACGAAGGAAGUGAUCACUUCGAUUCUUUCUGGAGUAUUCGUUGGUACUAUUAUCUACACUAUCAAGAAACAUCUGGCAUGGUACAAUGCAAUCUCAAUUGUGAUAUCCUUGCUUGUUGAGAAGAUGUCAGAGGAGAUGGAAAUGAUUAUUUUUAUUACGCUACUUGGAGGACUCAUCAUCAUUCUAAAGAACUCUGGGGGAUCGCGUGCGUACGGUAAAUGGGCUAUUCAGCGCGUAAAGUCCAGAAAAGGGACCGAAUUUUCCGCUAUUUUGAUGGCUUGUUUGUUUUUUGUGGAUGACUACUUUAACUGUUUGACUACGAGUACUGUGCUGAAGCCGCUCGCCAAGGCGAAUCAUAUUUCCAUGGAGAAGCUCGCGUUCAUCAUUCAUGCUGUGGCUAACAACAUCUGCCUUCUCGUUCCAUUUUCCAGUUGGGCAGCGGCGAUUGCAUCCAAUAUCAAGGAUGCAGGUUUGUCUGGGGGCAUCUCCAUGUUCAUCUCCACCAUCCCGUACAACUUCUACACAGUAUUCGUUUUAUUCUUCAUCGUUCUGAUCGUCCUCUGCGACAUCGACUUCGGCGCGAUGAAGCGCUACGAAGAGCUCGCCAAAAUCCAGCCGAGCUGUCCGCGCGGUCGGCCCGACGACUGCAUGAGUCCAACCGAGAGCGAAAAGGAGGGCUCCGUGUGCGAUCUGCUCAUCCCCAUCGUGCUCCUGAUCGGAUUUACCUUCCUGUUCAUUCUCUGCACGGGCGGUUAUCUCACCGACCCGAGCGUUUCUUUCAUCACUGCGUUCAUGAACGGCGACGCCGUCCUCUCGCUCAGCAUGUCCACGCUCUGCACGCUGGCGUGCUGCGCGGCCAUGCUGAUCCCACGCAAGCAGAUGACGUUCAAUGCGUUUGUCGAGAGCGUGAAAGAAGGCGCGCAGUACAUGGCGCCCACGAUCAUCAUUCUCGCCGUGGCGUGGACCAUGAGCGGGGUCACGAACGAGCUUUUAGGCACAGGAGAAUAUUUAGGCACGCUUAUUAUUAGGUUCCACAUCCCCGUAGCACUCAUCCCCACAGUGUUCUUUUUACUUGUGGCUGUGACCGCGUUUGCGUUGGGAAACGCGUGGUGCUGCUUCGGAAUUUUCAUUCCGAUCGCUUCGGAGAUCUGUCAAACCACAUCCCCGGAGUCGUUGGCGCCGACGCUUGCUGCGGUGUUGGGAGGGUCUGUGUUUGGAGAUCAAGCCUCUCUGUUGUCUGAAACGACGAUUCUACUCGUUUCUACCAUGGAGUGUACGAUUCAGAGCCAUUUCAAAACGCAAUUACCGUACUUGCUCAUGGUGCUGGUCAUUUCUACGUUGACCUAUGUGGUUUGUGGAUUUACGAAGAAUAACUUGUUGAUUAGCUGGCUGGCUGGUUUGGUGAUUCUUAUCAUUACAGCGGUUGUUUGGACUUUGAUCUAUCCACAUCUGAAGUCGAGUCAGAGGGAUAUGUACUUCGACAAUGAAGAUGAUAUGAAGAAGGGAUUAUGCAGUCAGAAGGAGGAGGACGAGGAAUUUAUUAAAUCUUUCAUGUACAAUGACUCGUUGAUUUUGAGUGUUUGUUUGAAGCAAAAGCUGUUACACGAUGGAAUUUUGGGCGAGGGAUCAGUGGCGGGGUUUCCCGGAGAAUUGAAAUCCAGAUUCGGCCGUGGUCAGGCAUUGGGAAAGUGCACUAAAAUCUAA